UGUGGACCAAGUAUACGCUAAUCUAAUGUAAUAUUACAACUUCAGAAAAUUAUUAGACAAUGGAUAGCAAUCCAGGAAAGUUACUUUACACUCCACGACGAGCGCAGAAAUGUCUUUUUGCACAAUCUAGUGAUAAUUCUGCCAAGAAGAGCGUUUCUCAAAAUCUAGUGCAUAUUGAAGAUGACAAAUCCUUGGGAGAUGAAUCAGACUUGGGACCUAUGUCACCUUUAGCUCUCACUGAUCGAAGUCCAAGUAUCAGUGAUCAGAGUUCUUCAGACAAAGAAUUUCCACUUGCGACAUCUGAAAAGUCGAACGUUCUCAAUACGUCUGUGUCUUGGGAUCGUUUAAGACUGAACACGGAGGAACGCAUGUCACCCUUUAGGUCACUUAGAAAGGUCACUAGAGAGGCUAGAUACUCACCAAGAUGUAAAACAUUCUCUACUAAUCGCUGCCCGAAAUCAUUGCCAUCUAGUCCGAAGGAAUUGUUGGGUCAGUUAACACCGCAACGCUCAAAGACAAAUAUGGAACAGAUGAACGAAAUAGUACCAGAGACACCCCAGCGAAGCUUUGCCACGGAGAUACAAAAUCAAAGUAUCACGGAAACUCCUCGAAAAGGCAGAACCCCCAAGAGCAAGCAAACAACACCUUUGAGUUCUGUAAGCAAGACAGUCCCAUUGCCAAAGCUACACAGACGAAAGUCUUGCAGUACCAUUGAAACAAGCGUGGGUUUCUCGCCUGAGCAAAAGGAGAACACAUUGAAGAGACAUGCACGCGAUCAGUCGGGAUCAAAACCAACAAAACUUUUUAAGGGAGACGAUGGUUUCGUGCCUAGAGCGAGAGCAUCAUUGUUUCAAGAGAGAAAACAUGAAUAUAGCAGCCUAAAGGAUUUCUCAUUAAAUACGAAAUCGUUUUACAGCGGCAAUGUGAAGUCCGAGCGGCCUUUCAGCGACUACAAGAGUAGCGACAUUAAAAGGAGACGAAGUUCACUGUCACAAAGCAGCAGUAGACGUUCGUUGGUAAAGAAGCGAAGAUUUGGUAAGAUAAAUGCUGGCGUGGGCCACGGGAUUAAGAAGCCGAAGUCUAAGGUAAAUACAGAGACAUUAAAGAACUGGGAACAGGAUGUUACACAGAGUCUCACAGCUUCAAGUAAGAGUCCACCUGUGGAAGAAGCUCAAUCGAUGGAGGCGAACACAAUUGCCGAAAGGGCUCCGUCGCCAACAAUCGACGAGAAUAAGCGAUUUUUUAAAACUAAUAGGACGAUCAGAUUAAAUCAGGCAGCUACGGUAACAGUGAAUGAUAAAAUUAAGUUGAAGGUUGAGGAUGGUAAAAUUGAAUUGAGAGAGAAUCAAAAUCGUUCAUCCACGAAUGUACAUAAACAAAAUCUGAAAACUGUAAACGUCUCUCUGGAUACCACUGAUCUCACAGUCGACGAACCUGAAGUUGAAGCUACAUUACAACAGGACAAAGUUAAUGAUCUCUUGAAAAUUUUGGAGGAUGACUGGGCGAACGACGAGUACGAUACGAUGGCAUCAUUGACCUAUAUAGCGAAUGCGUUUUCUCCGAAAACCAUGACAUCAAAAGAUACUAUUAUGUCUCCAGCUACCGAGCUUAGUAACAUGACUUCGACGAUGAACAUUACGGACGCUGCUCCUUUGAAUAACUUUGGAAAUCUUUCACUUGAGAACGCUAAUAACAGUAAUAUUAAUAAUAAUGAAAAUGAAAAACAUACCGAAAAAGAAACUGAAGAGGAUACCGAAAAAAGAUAUUUUCCAUUAUUUACCAAAGGAUAUUCUGUACCUGAUAAUAUUUUUGAAGAGACAAAGAAUGUCGAUACCACAAAAGCAACAAAAAAAAAUAUGCAAUGGCAGCUAUCCGCGAAAGGUGGUGGUGCAAAAAAUCAGUAUCAGCUAGAUGCUGGUCAGAAACGUUUCGGCGCCAUUCAAUGUCUAGAAUGCGGCAUUGUGUAUCAAGUGGGUGAUCCUGAGGAUGAAAACGCUCACUUGAAUUAUCACAAUAGCAUACGAAUUUUAAAAUUCCAAGGUUGGAAGAAUGAGCGUAUUAUAUUGGAGGAUCCUUUUACCUCCAGCAGAAUAAUCUUGAUCGAGCCACAUGACUCCAAGCAACAUUGGAAGAAAGUGUUGGAGAUUUUGGUUGUUGUAGAUAGGGAUUUGGGACUGGCAGAUAUGAACAUUUCGGAUUAUCAAAACAAGAAGAUUUUUUUGUAUAUACGCGAGAAAAACGUUCUCGGAGUAUUGGUGGCAGAACAUAUUGAAACGGCUUUUCGCAUGAUUCCUGAGCUAAUCGAACUUAAUUGUUGUACCGCAGAGAGUACACCUACGAAAUGUGGCAUAAACGUUGUCUGGACCACGAUGAGUCAUCGCAAACAGGGUAUAGCCACUAAACUCGUCGAUACUUUGAGAGCUAAAUUUUUCUAUGGUUACGUGAUGUCGUUGGACGAUAUAGCGUUUUCAAUACCGACUCCAAGUGGUAAAAUCUUCGCCGAGAAGUACACCAGAACGAAAAACUUCAAAGUUUACAACUGAAUCUACUUAAGCUCAAACAUUCGUUCUUUCUAAAUGGUUGCGUCUUUUAUUGUGAAACAGCCAUACUUAAUAUAUUAUACAUCUUAUUUUAUCGA